AUGGCGAUCUUCUCAUCUACUAGAAGAGGUUACGCCGCAUCCGGUAAUCGUACACGCCCCCUCGCCCUCUCUNCGGACAACAACAAGAACAACAACAACGACAUCAGCAUGACAGCGUUCGUGACGAACAAGCCCAGCUGCAAGCGGAUGGGAGAGUCGAACCCUCUGCUGUACAAGGCUGCAGCGAGGAACCUUCGCGAGUACCACGGUGUCCCCUCGAUAACAGUGGGCGGCCUGGAGAAGACCAUGGUCCUGCUUCAGCUCCGCCCCGGCCGCCUGGUGGCGCAGGGACUUGCUCCAAAGCAGUUCCUCGAGGGAAAAUCAGCAGCUGACGACGCUGACGCGGACAGCACGGACGGCAGAAGCAGCAGCAGCAGCAGCAGUAGCAGCAGCGGAUCCGAAGUCGAGCCAGAGCAAGCGGACAUUAACCCAGUCUCGGACUACUCGAACAGCAACAGCAGCGACGGCAGCGACACCGAGCACGACAACAUCGCCACCCAGGACAGCAUCGACAUGGAGGCCGGAGCCAGCAAGCACCCCAUCCACGCGGUGUUUGUUGCCGCAGGCGUCCAGCU